GAAAAGAGCUCUUAAAAGACCAGGGCUGGGCAGCUCAGGUGACAGGGCAGGCAUAAAUAGCCAGUGCCGGCCAAGGAAAGGCUAAUUUGCCUGGAGAUCCUGGAGUCCGAGAGGCAGCAUCUGCCAUGCUUCUCCUCCCUCUCUCCGUGCUGAUGCUGCUCACACAGCCCCUGAGGUCACUGGGAACAGAAAUGAAGACCUAUUUCCAGAGAACAGCGGCCAGCGCCUGCACCUUGGUCAUGUGUAGCCCCAUGGAGAACGGCCUGCCUGGUCGCGAUGGACGGGAUGGGAGAGAGGGCCCCCGGGGCGAGAAGGGGGAUCCAGGUUCGCCAGGAGCUGUAGGGAGAGCGGGGACGCCUGGACCGGCUGGCCCAGUUGGGCCCAAAGGGGAGAAUGGCUCUGCUGGAGAGCCUGGACCAAAGGGAGACUCUGGACCAUCUGGACCUCCGGGACCUCGAGGUACGCCUGGUCCAGCUGGCAGAGAGGGUCCCUCAGGGAAGCAGGGAAAUGUAGGACCUCAAGGCACACCAGGCCCCAAAGGAGAGGCUGGGCCCAAAGGAGAUGUGGGUGUGCCUGGCAUGCAGGGCUCUGCAGGGACGAGAGGCCCCCCAGGGGUUAAAGGAGAGAGAGGUGCCCCUGGUGAGCGUGGAGCCACUGGAAAUGCUGGGGCAGUGGGGCCUGCUGGAGCCACGGGUCCGCCAGGACCUCCAGGUGCCAAAGGGCCCGCAGGACCGAAGGGGGACAGAGGUGCUCCUGGGGACAAAGGAGCAAAGGGAGAGAGCGGGCUUCCUGACAUCACUGCUCUGAGGCAGCAGGUGGAGGCCUUACGUGGACAGGUCCGACACCUCCAGAAUGCCUUCUCUCAGUAUAGGAAAGUGGAGCUCUUCCCCAAUGGCCGAGGUGUCGGGGAGAAGAUCUUCAAGACAGGAGGUAUUGAAAAGAGUUUUGAGGACGCACAGCAGGUGUGUAUACAGGCCGGGGGACAGAUGGCCUCCCCACGCUCUGCGGCCGAGAACGACGCCCUGCAGCAGCUGGUCACAGUUGAGAACAAGGCUGCUUUCCUGAGUAUAACCGACAUCAAGACGGAAGGCAAGUUCAUCUACCCCACCGGGGAGCCCCUGGUCUAUUCCAACUGGGCCCCAGGGGAGCCCAACAACAAUGGCGGCGCAGAGAACUGUGUGGAGAUCUUUACCAAUGGCAAGUGGAACGACAAGGCCUGCGGAGAGCAGCGCCUGGUGGUCUGCGAGUUCUGAGCCACCGGGGUGGGGGGCCGUGCUCCACCCGGGAGCCUGGCCAGCGAGUGGGGGCCUGGCCAACGAGUGGGGGCCCAGACCUGUGUGCUGCCCGUGCCCCAAUAAAAUGGCGCCGCCUCUGCUGGCCAGGGCUUC